AUGCAAAAGUUUGCCCAAGAAGAAACGCUCCUCCAAAUCCACUGCUCUGCUACGAGUACUAGUAGUAAAGAAGAGUUUGAGUCGACUGUGCUCCCCAAAGUGCAAAAGUUCGUUCAGUCGUUUCCUUUUUCGGCAGUACUUCCGGUACAACCACUCCAAUAUUUGCCCACUGCAGAUGGCGGAGUGGAAGUUUUGUUCAUGAGAAAGAAGACGAAAGAAAAGGGUAGCAUUGAUGGAGGCUUGUGUUUUUUCGUGAUUCCCACUGGCAGUGGCAAUAAUAAUGAAUCAAAUGAAUUGGAAAUUGUUGUCAAGAGGAACAGUGAAGGGCAAACCUGCGGGAAAAUGUUUUCUGAAAAGUUGGUGGUGCAAGCCUUUGUGAGUUCCUUUACAGGCAAGGACGUGGAGGAAGGAAGAGCACCACUGACCAGCCAAGAAGCACCCGGCAACGAAUUGGUCAAGGUAGAAUCUGUCUUUCACAAGUGGAUGGAUGGAUUGGUGGCAUGA